AUAUAUCCACUUGUUAGAAGUGGGAACUUACUGAUAAGAACAUAAAUAUAUAGGACACGUUAUAAAUAAAAAAAAAUGAAGUGGACAAUAUUUGCAGCUAUUUUAACUAUUUGUCAAAAAAUAAACGCCAAAGAUUGCGCAUGCGUGCUUUCCAGAGAUCAAAUUUUAAACAAUGACGCAGGAUUCGUAGGAACAGCCUUGCAGGGAGAAUGUUUCCCGAUUCUAGGUCACUCGAACGUUACCUGGCAACACAUCCAGUACCAUGAUCAGAGCGCCUGGAUUGCGCAUUCAUCAGUUGAAACAAGGGAUUGUGACAGUACAGUUCCAACGACCACUCCCGGUUCCCUUGACCCAACAGCCGUCAGGCCAUCUCCCAAGUUACCCGGAUGUCCUACAAUCAUCACGCGUGAUGAGUGGGGCGCCAUGCCGCCAUCUCACGCCAUGACGCUCUUAACAGAGACGCCAAAAUACGUGUUCAUUCAUCACGGAGCCACGAGCCCAUGCUCUACGCAGCAGGAAUGUUCAACGCGUGUACGCUCUUACCAAACAUUCCACAUGUCAGCGCCCCCUGCCGGUCGAGGGUGGUGGGACGUCGGCUACAGCUUCAUGGUGGGCGAGGACGGUAACGUGUACGAGGGGCGUGGCUGGGACCAGGUGGGCGCUCACACGUACGGAUACAACAGUGUGGGGCUGGGUAUCUCUUUCAUCGGGGACUUUCGGGACAGACUUCCGAAUCCUAACGCCAUCCAUGCUGCCCAAGCGCUCAUCAAAUGCGGGGUGGACAACGGAAAGAUAAUCGGGAACUACAUACUAAAGGGGCACCGGGACGUAGGAAACACGGAGUGUCCGGGGCAAACACUGUACGAUUACAUUCAAACCUGGCCCCAUUACAACAGAAACUGACCGGAUAGGUGUAUUGCGCACGCGUGACGAUGCUGAAGAAGAUCAAGACUUGACGAUAUUAGAUUAAUUGUAUAAAAUAAAAUUUCUCAUUACUUUUAAAUAUUUACAUUUUC